GAUCAUUUUUAUAAAUUUCUUAGAUUUUUUGUACAAAAUUCUGUGUGCUUUAAAAAAAAAUAAUUUGAAGUAGAUCGUCAAAGCACAUAAAAUUGUGUAUAAAAAAUCUAAGUGAUUUAUAAAAUGGAUCCGGGGAGUAUACAAGGGCGUUAAAUUAUAAAGGAACUGCCAAACGAAAUAACUAACGAUAUCUCUCUCUUUGUCUAAUUCUCACGCAUAGUCUAUGGCAGCACAAGACCCCUUGCUUUUCACAGUUACACGACGGUCACCGGAGCUAGUAACUCCUGCGAAACCAACCCCGCACGAGUACAAGCUGCUCUCCGACAUAGAUGAUCAAAAAAGUCUGCGAUUCCUGGUACCGUUUAUCCAUUUUUACGAAAAGGAAAAUAAUAUCGUUGAUGUGCAAGAAAUGGACCCUGUGAAAGUCAUUCGGGAAGCACUUUCAAAAGCCCUUGUAUUUUACUACCCGCUUGCUGGCAGGCUACGUGAAGGCCUGUAUGGAAAACUUGGAGUGGAAUGCACCGGAGAAGGUGUGUUGUUCGUCGAAGCUGAUGCAGAUGUAACAAUGGCGCAAUUUGGCGAUGCACUUCAACCCCCAUUUCCGUUUUUAGAGCAGCUUCUUGUUGAUGCACCUGGCUUUGAUGGAGUUCUUGAUUGUCCUUUGCUCCUUAUUCAGGUAACUCGACUCAAGUGUGGAGGAUUUAUAUUUGCAAUGCGCUUUAACCACACAGUCUCUGAUGCUGCUGGAGUUGUCCAAUUUAUGAUAGCAUUAAGUGAAAUUGCGAGAGGUGCAAGUAGCCCAUCCAUUCCUCCAGUGUGGCAAAGAGAAUUACUCAAUGCAAGAAUUCCGCCUCGUGUGACAUGCACACAUCACGAGUAUGAUGUCGUGGGUGACACCGAGGUAUCCAUGAUUCCUCCAAGUGACAUGGUCCGUCGUUCGUUCUUCUUUGGCCCUAAUGAAAUUCGUAUCCUUCGUGAAUUAAUUCCGCCUCACCUUCGUACACGCUCUUCCUAUGAGCUGAUCACCGCUUGCUUAUGGCGGAGUCGUACUCGUUCUCUAAAGCCUCACCCUGAAGAGGAGGUGCGCAUGUUAUGCGUUGUCAAUGCACGCGGAAAACAUGAUCCUCUGCCUCUGGGAUACUACGGAAACGCAUUCACCUACUUAGCGGCUCUGACAACAGCCGAAAAGCUUUGUCAGAAUCCAAUUGGAUACGCAUUGGAGCUUGUGAAGAAAACUAAAGAAGAUUUUACAGAGGAAUACAUAAAAUCUGUAGCGGACUUGAUGGUUUUAAGAGGACGGCCUCAUUUUGCAAUCGCGCGAACCUAUCUCGUGUUAGAUGUGACUCGUGUCGGAUUCGGGUACAUUGAUUUUGGAUGGGGCAAGCCUGUUUAUGGUGGUCCAGCCAAAUGUGGGAUAGGUUGCACACCGGAGGUGGAAAAUAUGAAUAGUUUUUAUAUACCGUUCAGAAACAAAAUGGGCGGGAAAGGAGUUAUGGUGCCGGUUUGUUUACCGGCAUUGGCAAUGGAAAAUUUUGCAGCUGAACUCGAUGGCAUGUUGAAGAACAAUGUAAAUACUUCACCUCUUCGCAAAUCACCACUGUAAAUCUUCUAAGAAAACAUUUGUAUUAAGAAACUUGAUGGUAUUUGUGAUCCCUUGUAAAGGGACUAUCUGGUUUACUUUGAAUGAACAUUCAGCUUCUUUCUUUAA